CCAGCCUGCCUGGUGGAGCGCGCCGGCGCCUCCCGCACCUGUCGGCCCCCCGCUGAGCUGCGGCGAGUGACCCGCGUCUCCAUAGCGACGCGUCACAAAGCAGCCCCGAGCUGCUGCCCAGAGCACCCAGUCCAGCAGGGGCAGUGGGCGCCGCUAGGGCUUCUUUUGAGCAAGAAUGGCAUUGCCUGGGCCCGAGGCCGCGAGCGCCUCUCAAGACCGCUUCAAGAGGCAGCCAACCACCUGUCUUGGUAUCUUUCACUGUCUCUUCUCCGCCUUCUCGUCUGGGGAAUGUGAUGCCACCUGGGAUUCCUAUGCCACCACCAUGAGGACUGCAUUCACGCCCAAGACAGGAGCGGUUCCUGCUCUAAUUCGCCAAAAAAGUAUCAGAAGACUAGGAUAUACAUAUUCCCUUAGUGAUCCUAUUCCCAAUCAGACACAGUACAAUGAUGAGUAUGUUUGGAAAUUUCCUUCUAAAGAAGAUUUGAUCAAAACAGGGACUUCAAGAAGAACCAGGAGCCACAAAUUUCACCCCAGUCAAGACCUCUUUCUUUGGACACUACCUCAAGGUCAAUCAGCAGCAUCAAUAAAGAGCUACCUCCCUUGGAAAAUCGCUGCUACAGAAGAAGAGGUUAAGAAGGCAAUAUCAAAUCAGUUUAUUUCCAAUACUAGAAGAGACUUUGUGGACAGAGCAAAAGCUCAGAAGAUUAAGGAAAGUUCUCAGGUGCCUCUGGAAUGGAAAAAGUUACUUCCUCGACCUGCAGACACUGAAUUUCGAAGGAAUUACCAAGUUCCAGCUAAAAUUCCUGAGCUACGGGAUUUUAGUUUCAAAUACGGAUGCUACUCAAGGCUACCAGUUGCUUCUCAGGGUCUAGUCCCUUCCGUGCUGUUCAGCCACAUAAGGAAUCAAGAGCGUACAAAGAAGCAGACUAUCUACCAAAGUGAUUACGGGAAAGCCUACCUGGAUUUCUUAAUGAUUUUAAACUCAUUUACUCCUUCUCAAGUCACAGAGUACCUUCAGAAUGUUUCCUACAAAGACAGACAAAUUCUUGAUCGCUUUAUCCGCUCUCACUGUGACUUUGGUUUGGAGCAGAAAAAUAAAGGAAACUGUUGAAAUGAAGAAAAUUGAAAAUCGGUGAAAGCACUGGAUCGUUUUCUCAAUAAUGAAAAAAAAAAAAGAACUAAAUUGUUCCAAAUAAUCUA